AUGUUGAAUUUUCCUCAGUGGUUUGAACUACUAAAGGAUAUAUUCUCUAAAUUUACAAUUUUUCUACAGAGAGUUAAGGCAACGUUAAAUACUAUUCACAGUGUUGUUCUCUCAGUUCUUGACAAAAACCAAAGGACUAAAGAAUUGGAGGAGAUUUCACAACAGAAGAAUGCUACAAAAGAUAAUUCACUGGACACAGAGGUGGCUUAUUUAAUCCAUGAAGGCAUGUUUAUAAGUGAUGCAUUCAUUGAGGGUGAAUUAGCACCUACAGCAGUUGACACUACCUCUCAAAGAAAUGUAUCUCCAAAUAGUGAGCCCUGCAGUACUGAUUCCGUAUCUGAACCAGAAUGUACUACUGAUUCUUCAUCCAGCAAAGAGCAGACAUCAUGUUCUGCUACUCCAGGAGGUGUGGAUAUUAUGGCCAGUGAAGACAUGAAAUUAACUGACUUAGAGCUAGGAAAACUGGCAAAUAAUAUCCAGGAGUUAUUUUAUAGUGCCUCAGAUAUAUGCCAUGAUCGAGCUGUUAAAUUUCUCAUGUCAAGAGCAAAGGAUGGUUUUCUUGAGAAGCUAAAUUCUACAGAAUUCAUAACACUUUCUAGAGUAAUGGAAACAUUCAUUUCAGACACUGAACAAAUCUGUGGAAGAAAAAGCAUGUCAUUACUUGGAGCACUUCAGAGUCAAGCUAACAAAUUUGUAAAUAGGUUUCAUGAAGAGAGAAAAACCAAACUCAGCCUCCUCUUAGACAACGAGCGCUGGAAGCAAGCUGAUGUUCCUGCAGAAUUCCAGGAUCUUGUUGACUCCAUAUCAGAUGGAAAGAUUGCUUUACCUGAAAAAAAAAUCAGGAGCAAAAGAAGAAAGGAAACCAGCUGAAGUUCUCAUUGCUGAGGGACAACAGUAUGCCGUUGUUGGAACUGUAUUGCUGUUGAUAAGAAUUAUUCUUGAAUAUUGCCAGUGUGUGGAUAAUAUCCCAUCUGUUACUACU